GGCUGGUAUUGCCGCAUGUUGGCGGACGGCCUGCCGUUGUUGAUCCGGGCGGCUGCUGAGACCCGCUGUGCCCUCUCUGCCUCACAGAAAGCUUACUGCGGCCACUGCAGUGAGAGGAUAUGGGGACUCGGAAGGCAGGGCUACAAGUGUAUCAACUGCAAGCUACUGGUCCAUAAGCGCUGCCACAAGCUCGUCCCUCCCACCUGCCAAAGGCCUAUGGAUCCAACCAUGCCAUCCCAGGAGCCCCCAGCAGACGACAGGAACGAUGAGGUGGACAUCCCACCUGAAGACACGGAUGAAAUUCCCUUCCCAGCACACAAUCGCACAGUGGAGAAAUCUGAGGAUGAAUCAGAGGACAUGAAGACGCUGGUGGACGGCUUGGACAGCAUAAAGAUCUCCCAGGGCCUGGGACUGGGUGAUUUCGACCUGAUCCGGGUCAUUGGGCGGGGCAGCUAUGCCAAGGUGCUCCUAGUUCGGCUCAAGAAGAAUGACCAGAUUUAUGCCAUGAAAGUGGUGAAGAAGGAACUGGUGCAUGAUGAUGAGGACAUUGACUGGGUGCAGACAGAGAAGCACGUGUUCGAACAGGCGUCCAGCAACCCCUUUCUGGUUGGCCUUCACUCCUGUUUCCAGACCGACAGUCGGUUGUUCCUGGUGAUCGAAUACGUCAACGGUGGCGACCUGAUGUUCCACAUGCAACGGCAGCGGAAGCUUCCGGAAGAACAUGCCCGAUUUUAUGCAGCUGAGAUAUGUAUUGCUCUGAACUUUCUCCACGAGAGAGGUAUAAUCUACAGAGACCUUAAGCUGGACAACGUUCUCUUGGACCAUGAGGGGCAUAUCAAACUGACAGACUACGGCAUGUGCAAGGAAGGAAUCAGACCCGGAGACACCACCAGUACUUUCUGUGGAACACCUAACUACAUUGCCCCGGAGAUCCUGCGUGGGGAAGACUAUGGGUUCAGCGUGGACUGGUGGGCACUGGGUGUCCUCAUGUUUGAGAUGAUGGCUGGGCGGUCCCCGUUUGACAUCAUCACAGACAAUCCAGACAUGAACACAGAGGAGUACCUUUUCCAAGUUAUUCUUGAAAAGCCCAUUCGCAUUCCAAGGUCUCUGUCGGUGAAGGCAGCUAGUGUUCUGAAGGGCUUCUUGAACAAGGACCCCAAGGAGCGGCUGGGCUGCCAGGUCCAGACGGGCUUCAUGGACAUCAAGUCGCACACGUUUUUCCGCAGCAUAGACUGGGACCAGCUGGAGAAGAAACAGGUGACCCCUCCCUUCAAGCCGCAGAUCACGGACGACUACGGCCUAGAUAACUUCGACACUCAGUUUACCAACGAGCCUGUGCAGCUAACUCCUGACGAUGAGGACGUCAUUAAGAGAAUAGACCAGUCCGAAUUCGAAGGAUUCGAAUACAUUAAUCCCAUGUUGCUGACGACGGAGGAGUCGGUAUGAAGGAAAAACAGACAGUCUGCACACCUGUGAUCGUCCUGGAAGGGAAGGAAACAAAAACAUCACACUGACUUCUGGAAGUGGGGUGGGGGUGGGGGGGGGGCAGCAGUGUACGCAGCUUCUCUCUUGCAUGCCAGGUCAAGGAACCCUGUGCAAGACUCUUUUUUUGCGAUGGAAACAAACAUUAUCUUGGGGGAACUGGGUGAACUGCAAAGCAGACAAGAACAGAAAGAAAAUGUACAAAAUUAUAUGAAAAAAAAUCCCCCCAAGGUCAGUCAGUGGUAGUCUUCCUCAAACCACUCUCCAUUUUUAUUUUUAAUCCUUGUGUUGGGGGGGGGGGCAGCGCUACUGGCUUUAUACCUGAGGAAAAAAAGCUUGCUUAUCCUGUGCCUGCAUCCACAAAGAAUUUUCUAGUACACCUGUCAUCCCUGGGUAAAUAUGACAGUCCUGAUCCAGAACUUGAAUUAUUGUGCACUUUUUUCCCCUGUCGAUUUCAUUUCUCAAAGACACUGGUUAUCUUGAAGGAGGUCAGGCCUCUGAAACAAGAAUGUACAACGAUGAAGGAAAAAUAUAAUAAACUUGUAUUAUUCUGUAGGUA